UGACCGCAUCUCCUUUGCUCAGAAGGCUAAAAACUAGAAACAGACUCAUGCUCAAAGCCUGUUGUAUACAGACUUUGCCAAACCGUAUGUUACUUUUUUAUUGUCUGGUAGGCUAACUGGUAUAUUUGUAAGGGUAGAAGUGGACUUUGUCUGGCUAUCUCCACCUUCUGCCACAGUGUGUUAGCUAAGUGUUGCAUUUAGCUUGAGGCUAACUUGGUCAGAGGAGAAGAUCUUCGCAGCUUGACCCCGGAGUCUUGCUCAGAGAAUGGACAGUGAAAUCCAACGAGAUGGGAGAGUCCUGGACCUCACUGAUGACGCCUGGAGGGAAGACAGACUGCCGUAUGAAGAUGUCACCAUCCCUCUGAGUGAGUUGCCUGAGGCUGAGCAGGACAACGGAGGCUCCACAGAGUCUGUGAAAGAACAAGAGAUGAAGUGGACAGACCUCGCCCUGCAGAGCCUGCAUGAAAACACGCCGAGCACCGGCAGCUGAAAGACUAAUCUAGAAUUGGACUGUAAGACAGAAAAACACGUGCAUGAGGACACAUGUUAUUCACCUUCUCUUUGCAUGGUAUUGUGUCUUUUGAAGGAUUUGCAGGAUGUUCCACUUUCAGCUAAGCAGAAAUUAUGCAUACAUAUAUUUCAUAUUGGUAUUGGGUUUAUAUUGUGGUUUUUAUGAAUAUAAAAUAACAACUUUGUAAUAACAUAAAUGGAAAAGUUCCAAUUGUCCUGUGUUUUU